AUGAUCAGAAACAGAGGUAUUGUGCCAGCUACCGAAAUUUGGGUUAGGCACUUUUUUGCGUGGCGCGGGCGCCGAUCGCAGCACGAUCGUGAGGUCGAUGAGCCUCGCUCAUCGCCCUCCCCUCACCCCCUCGCACCCCCGCACCAUCCCUCGCGACCAGUUCUGCCACAAGGUGCACCGCCCGCAGCCGCUAACCCUACAUACGUACCACCUGCCAGACACUUCGUAACUAUAACAUAUGAAACCGACUCCGAACGACUGGAUAGUCAGGAAACGACCGGGAACGAGUUUGAUACUCCUUACUUAGAUGAGGCAGAUUUCACAGGAUAUUUGUUGCAACUACUCCCAACGAGUAGCUUUAGUAUCUCCUUUGUUCUGUAUAUGGGGAGGUGGCCUAUAUUUGUUCAGCCUCUGAAAACUCGAGUUUUUAUUCAGUGA